AUGGCGGCUAAUGCCACCGACAAUGGCCACCGCUCCGACACCCCCGAGCAUGCUGGCUCAGCGACCUCCAGGGAACCUGGAGGCCGCGAGGAACGGAGUGCUGGAUACCGUGACGAUGUAUUUGAACCGGAGCCGGAAAUGGAGAGAUCAUCUCGGACAUCCCCUCAGAGUUUCACUGCCCGUUCCCUCUUUGUUGGACUCGUCAUUGGCGCCUUGAUCACGUUCUCCAACACCUACUUCGGCUUGCAGACUGGCUGGAUCAGCACAAUGGCCAUGCCUUCAGCACUUAUCGGCUUCUCUGUUUUUAAGGUCUUCUCCAAGUAUCUCUCUUAUCCGUUCACGCCGAUAGAAAACGUCCUUAUUCAAACGGUGGCUGGGGCAGUGGGAACUAUGCCAUUAGGGUGCGGGUUUGUUGGCGUCAUUCCCGCGUUGGAAUUCCUCAUCCGAGACGGGGAAGACGGGCCUUCUGGCGACGGCGGUACCGGGGAAGGCGGUCCUUUGAAGCUCAAUUUCUGGAAACUGGUACUUUGGAGUCUGGGAGUUUGCCUCUUCGGAGUUGUCUUUGCUGUCCCGCUAAGAAAGGAGGUAAUCAUCAGAGAGAAAUUGAGGUUUCCGAGUGGGACGGCAUCGGCGCUCAUGCUCAGAGUACUACACGGAAGUGGGUCUAGCGAUGAGAAGGCGAAGAAAAGAGUCAAUCCGGCUGCGGUGCUAAGAGAAGGAGAGGAUGAAACGGUUGCCUUGACGCAAGAAACCGGAGAGGAAGAGGGCAAUGCGCUACUGCGAAAGGAUGCUAGUGAAUGCCACUCGGCUGACAGACGAGAUUGGCGGUCGAAGAUGCGCCUCCUGGUGGGUGCUUUUGCGGUGUCUGGUGUCUAUACGCUAUUCUCCUACUUUGUCCCUCAAGUCCGUGACGUGCCCAUUCUGGGUCUUCCCCUAGCACAAAAUUGGCUAUGGACUCUCAACCCAUCCCCCGCAUACAUUGGCCAAGGAAUUAUCAUGGGCCCAUCUACCUGCAUGCACAUGCUUUUUGGGGCCAUACUCGGCUGGGGCAUCCUAUCUCCGCUCGCCAAGGCUCGUGGCUGGGCCCCUGGGCCUGUGGAUAGCUGGGAGGAUGGAAGUAAGGCCUGGAUUGUGUGGGUAUCUCUAGCCAUCAUGCUGGCCGACUCGCUUGUCAGUCUUGGUUGGCUGGUUUUGAAGCCCGUCAUAGCCAACGCUCCAAAGCUGAAGGCCAGAUUCUUCUCCAGUCGCGUCGGAAAAUGGAUUCUGGCGAAAGCGUCGAAUACCAGCUCUCGCCAUUCAUACGUCAGAUAUUCCGCCCUGAGUCCGAUCUCCGAGGAGUCAUCGACAGCAGCCUAUUCCGUCCAACUUCCGGCAAGGCACGGCGAACCCGAGGAAGAAGAUGAUGCGCCGCCUUCCCAGCUCAUCUCUACUCGAACCGUGGCGAUCCUCCUUCCCUUGACACUGAUAUUGAACGUGGUCUGCAUGCACAUUGUCUUCGGAGACGUGAUGUCGCCCUUGCUCUCCAGCCUGGCCACUCUCCUCGCCGUGCUACUGUCCAUAAUGGGCGUCCGGGCACUAGGCGAGACAGAUCUGAACCCCGUCUCCGGAAUCAGCAAACUGACCCAGCUCCUCUUCUCUCUCGCAACGCCGGCCUCACACUUCUCCCGUCGCACCGCCCUAAUCACCAACCUCCUCGCCGGCGCCGUCUCCGAAUCCGGAGCCCUACAGGCCGGCGACAUGAUGCAGGAUCUCAAAACAGGCCACCUGCUCGGCGCAAGCCCCAAAGCCCAGUUCUACGGCCAAAUGAUCGGCAGCCUCGUCGGCGCCGUCCUCUCCACCGCCGUCUACAGGAUGUACGUGAGCGUCUACCAGGUCCCUGGGCCCAUGUUCCAGACCCCGACCGCCUACGUUUGGAUCUUCACCGCCCGCCUCGUCACAGGCCAGGGCCUGCCCCCCAUGGCCUGGCAGGCCUCGCUACUCGCAGGCACCGUCUUCGUCGGCGUCACCAUCCUGCGCAUCUACGCCGCUUCGCCCCUGGCGAACGGCGGCCGGCGCAACGUCUCCGCUCCCUGGAGGGCGUGGGUCCCCGGCGGCAUCGCCGUCGCCGUGGGCAUCUUCAACGUCCCCUCCUUCACGCUGGCCAGAGCAAUCGGCGGGAUAAUCGCCUGGUGGUGGUCGCGGAAGCACGCCAGCACAAGCACCGCCAGUUCCUCGGAUACCCCUGGCGAGACUGUAGCAGAUCAGACACCAGGAGGAUCGAGAGCGCCUGCGGCCGUGGCCGGCAAAACAGCCGAACAGGCCGCCCGAGAAGCGGACGCGGCCUCUUCGUCGGUGGUGGUGCUAGCCUCAGGGUUGAUUCUGGGCGAGGGGAUCAUCAGUAUUGUCAAUCUGCUUCUGGCUAGCGGGAAUGUUCCACAUCUCUAG